UUGAGAUUAUAAUAUAUUAAUAUUUUCAAUGAAGUCAAUAUUAAAUUUUUUUUUAUUUCAAAUUAUGAAGAUGACUUGAAUCGUUCUAAAUAUGCAAAAAAGAAAGUUGGUGAAACUUUUGACAAGAAUAUGAAUGAAAUUCAAAACAAAUCAACAUCGAAACCGCUAGCACCAUCUCGAAGUAAUAACAUUAUAAAUGAUCAAAUAUCUCCUAAAGCGCGGCCACCUUUGCCUACAAGAAAUAAUGAUAUUAAAAUUCCUCGUAGACCUACAUCACAUAAUAACCCUUUCGGUGAAAAUGAUUUAUCCAAAGGUAUUCCGUCCGACGUAAAAAAACGAUAUGAAAUUAUAUAUAAUGCAAAUAAAGAUGAUGAUGGUUAUAUUGAUGGUGCCGUUGUCAAAGAAAUUUAUUUAAGAAGUCGUUUAGAUAACAAGACACUAUUUAAAAUAUGGAAUCUUCUUGACGAUGAUGAGGAUGGUCGAUUGUCAAGGAAUGAAUUUUGUGUAGGAAUGUUUUUAAUUGAUGAGCGAUUAAAAGGUCAUCCUGUUCCCAAUAAAUUACCUCAUGAACUAUUAAAUAAUUAAAUUUUUAGAGUGGUGGGAAAUUUUAGAAUUAAAUUAUUCAUUGGGUAAAAAUAUCAAUUGUAAUUUUUGUAAAAUAUUGUAAAUUUGAGAUACAAUCAGUACUCGCGGAUAUCGGAUAUUUAAUAAACAAAAUAUUCUAUAUAAUACUAAAAGUAUAUAUUAUAAAUAAUUAAUUUGUUUACAAU